UAUGGCAUGGGAUGCAGCUCAACAACUCCCAAGAGAAGUUUCAACAACAGAUAUUGAGAAAUGACUCCGUGGAGAAGGGAUUUACUUAUUCAACAAAAGCCGUAGCAAAAAAUCUCACAGGGACUUUGCCACUAGUGAAAGGUUUUGUUGCCACAGCCGUCGCUGUGAUUUGCUUUGGCAGUAAUUUUGUUCCAGUGAAGAAAAUUGAUACUGGAGAUGGCUUGUUUUUCCAGUGGAUAUUUUGUACUGCAGUAUGGGUUCUGUCACUGGUGAUCCACCUUAUCCAACAGUGUCCAAGGUUCUGGCCUCUCACAAUGCUUGGUGGAUUUCUGUGGGCCACAGGGAAUGUCUCAGUUAUUCCCAUUUUAAAAACUAUUGGCCUUGGCAUGGGAGCUUUGAUCUGGGCUACGUUUAGCCUUCUAAUGGGCUGGGCUAGUUCAAGGUUUGGCUGGUUUGGAUUGAAUGCACAGAGUGUUCCAAGUCCCAUCCUAAACUAUAUUGGAACAGCAAUGACAGCACUAAGUGCCGGGAUUCUUAUAUUUGUGAAAACGGAGAGUAAAGACCCACCGCCAGAAGAAAUAUCCCCCUUAAUACAGGAAAAGAAAAUGGAAAAGGAGAAGGAGCUGGAAGGCUUACAGGAGACUUCUACAAAACAGGGAGAUACCUGUUGGACUGAUAAACUCAAUCCACCGCAAAAGAAAUUGGUAGGCUGCAGUCUUGCAAUGUGUGCAGGAUUGUUUUAUGGUUCCAGCUUUGUACCAGUCCUCUACAUUAAGAACCAUGCUGAAAGAAAUGAAACUGAAUUUUUUGGAGCUAGUCAGUUUGACAUGGAUUAUGUUUUUGCAUACUGCAGCGGGAUUAUUCUAACCAGUACCAUUUAUUUUCUCAUCUACUGUGGCGUGAAGAAAAAUAAACCAUCUGUUUAUUCAACAGCAAUAUUACCCGCUUUCUUCUCAGGAUUGCUGUGGGGAAUUGCAAACAGUGCUUGGUUUCUGGCAAACUACUACCUUGGCGCAGUCAUCACAUUUCCUCUUAUUACUGCCGGUCCAUCUGUAAUUUCGCUAACAUGGGGAGUGUUUUAUUUUAAAGAGAUAAAGGGCUCAAGGAAUUUCAUAAUACUUGGUGUUGUGCUAGCCACUGCUCUUACUGGAACCAUACUCAUAGGCUUGUCGAAAGUGGAGGGAAUUGUUUGACCUAGAUUGUGGAACAACUGAGUUACGGAGUUCACCAUUUCUCAGAAGCAAAUGAAACCUGAUAAAAUAAAUAAUAAUUAUCUAAUUGCAUGCCUGUGUAUAGUAUAUCAUGCUGCUAAUUUAAGAUAAAACAUCAGGAAACAGAAACUCAUGAUUUUGAAGCAUUGACUCAAUUACAUAAAGUGUACAGGAUAGACAGGAGCGCCUUGGUAGUAUUUGUGUCAUAAUGUGAAAAAUCAUUGUCUGGAUUCUGACUGUCAUUCAGCAUUGCUCUAAAUUAAAAAUAUACCAUAUGAAAUGUUUUGUCAGUAACUUAAGAGGGUGAUUUGGUAUCCACAAAACAUUAAAGAGGACAGGAAGUAGCUCACUCUCUACUAGAAUCACAAAUGAAAUCCAAGUGCAGUGUUCUCCACCCCCUCCCCCCCCCAUCUGUUUUGGUCCAAUUAGAAUAAAUCUCAACUUCAUCAAUUAAUUUCAUUUUUUUGUCUCUGCACAUGAGUAAGCAAGGAGGAAUCAAUUUGUAUAGAAAGCAUUAAUAGUUAAAAGUCAGUUAAAUAUGGGACAGAGAAUAUAAUUUUAUUAUGGUUAAAGAGAAUUGCUAUUCAGGGAUUUCAAUCAAUAGGCAAAUACCUUAUGCUUAAAGAUAUCCUGGAUCUGCAGAAAAAAUCCAGUCACAAUGAGCAAUGAGAUCAAACUGGUAACCUACUUUGAAGUAGAGUACAAAUAUGAAAAAUAAUCAAAUACUUUAUAAUAAGCUUUCACUUUGAUGUUAGAAAUAUUGAGCACUCAAUCAAGAAUAGAUCAAAUAUUGAUGAAAAGUAGGACCUCCUCAAGGUUGGACUAAACACACAUUAUGUCUACAGCAUUAGACUUUGUUGCUUUAAUGUCAUUAUGCAAGAGAUGUAUUAUGAGGACAAUCAACAGCUUUGUUUAGUACAGGACAAUGCAAGUAAAUAGGUGAAAGUAAUGUAAUGAUAACAGCAUUAGAGAUAAGUAGAUGCUUUGAAAAUUGCAAAUCGAGAGGGAAUGGCAUUAACAAAGGUACAGAAAAAAAUUAUUUGAUCAGAAGUGAUAGUCUUCAACUUCUAAAGCUUCAAUGGGGAAAGAUUUUAAUUGGAUAAUUAUUUUAUAUUGUAAAGUGCAGCACCCUAGGAAAAUCAUUGGCAUAGGAUUAAUGCUAUGGUAAACGCAUAAGAUUAACUGUUAUGUAGAAAUUGCAAUGUAAGUAAAUCUUUGAACCUUUGUUUUCCAGUCUAAUUUGAGCAUGUGUAAAUUUAUUAAUGCUGUCAAUAGAAUAUGUUUUUCUCUGUGUUGGUACUUAACACCUAAGAUCCCAGCACAAAUGGAAAAAAAAAUCUCCCCCAUUGAGGCCAAGUCAUAUUUAGUCACAAUUAAAAAUCUGUCAGAAGCCCAAGCAUGGGGAGGAAGUCUAAUGCAGAUCAGUAUACAUGUUUACUGGUAUCAAUCCACUACUCACGAGUUAAAGUACAGAUAACUUAGUUUGAACUUGAAGUACUUCGGAGUAAUGCUCAUUCUUUUUACAAAGGUCACCAGUGUGGGUCCUAGUUUAAUCUCAGAAAUUAAAAUCAGAAUCAGAUUUAAUAUCAGCAGCAUAUAUCAUGAAAUUUGUUACUACUGCAGCAGUACAAUGCAAUACAUAACAAAAAGUGAAUUACAAUAAAUUUAAAAUCAUAGAUAUAUAUAGUAAAAUAGUUAAAUUAUAAGAAAUCAGAUGGCAGAAGUGAAAAGCUAUUCCUGAAUUGUUGAGUGUGCGCCUUCAGGCCCCUGUACUUACAUUCUGAUGGUAGCAAUGAGAGGGCAUGUCCUAGGUAAUCAAGGUCCUUAGUGGUGGAUGUCACCUUUCUGAGGCAUGAGGUAUCAUUCCUUGAAGAUGUCUUAGAUGCUACAGAGGGUAGUGCCCAUGAUGAAGCAGACUGAGUUCACUACUUUCUGCUGCUAAAAAUACUUCCCAUGUAGCAGCCCAUCCCAUCCCACCCUAAACCCCCAUACCAGACAGUGAUGCAGCCAGUCAGAAUGCUCUCCGUGGUACAUUUGUAUAAGCUUUUGAGUGUUUUAGUUGACAAGCCAAAUCUCCUCAGACUACUUAUGAGAUGUAGCUGCUGUCUUGCCUUCUCUAUAGCUACAUCAAUAUGUUGUGCCCAGGUUAGGUCAGAGAUAUCAUCACCCAGGAACUUGAAAUUGCUCCCUCUCCAGUUCUGAUUUUCAAUGAGGAUUGGUUUGUGUUCCCUUGACUUACCCUUUCUGAAAACCACAAUCAGUUCUGUGGGCUUACUAACAUUGAGUGCAAGGUUGUUGCUGCGACAUCACUCAACCAGCUGGUAUAUCUGGCUCCUGUACUCCAAAGGGGGCAUCUGACAGCAUCUGAAAUUGUGUCUUCAGCAAAUUAAUAGAUGACAUUUGAGCUGUGCCUAGCCACACAGUCAUGGGUGCAGAUAGAAUAAAUACAGAAGUGGGUUAAGCACAUAUCCUUGUUGAUUAUCAGUGAUGAAGAUGUUAUUUAUAAUCCACCCAGUUUGUGGUCUUCCGGUGAGGAAAUUGAGGAUCCAGUUGCAGAGGGAGCUACAAAUGCCCAAGUUUUGGAGUUUUUCAUUAUAAUUGUAGAACCAAUGGUGUUAAACGCUGAGCUGCAGUCAAUAACUAGAAUUCUGGCAUAAGUAUUAGUCUUGGCCAGGUAUCCAAGGCCACAUGAAGAGCCAAUGAGAUCACAUCCACUGUAGACCUAUUGUGGAGAUAGGCAAAUUGCAGUGGGUCCAGAUCCUCACUGAGUCAGGAGUUAAUUCUAGUCAUAACUAACCUCUCAAAGCACUUCACUUAACAUAGAUGUGAGUGCUACUGGACAAUAGUACUCUGCUUCUUCUUGGGUCCUGGUACGAUUGUUGCCCUUUUGAAGCAGAUCUUCCGACUGUAGCAACUAGAGAUUGAAAAUGCCUUUGAACACUCCUGCUGGUUGGUUAGCACAGGUUCUCAGAACCCUACCAUUUACCCCACUGGGGCCUGUUGCCUUGGGAAGGUUCACCCUCUUGAAGGAGGCAAAGAUGACAAGGUAACUGGGUGCUGCCGGAAUCCUCAUAGCUGUAGUUUUAUUCUCUCAUUCAAUGCGAGCAUAGAAGUCAUGGACCUGACCUGGGAGUGAAGCAUCACUGCUAUUUACGAUGUUAGGUUUCAUUUUGUAGCAAGUAAUAGCCUGCCAGCUCUUUCAGAGUUGUCUGCCCAUCUCCAACCUCAACAGAAUUGUUCAUUUGCUCUUGAGAUAGCCCUUUACAAGUUGUAGCUGGACUUCCUCCAUAGUCCAUACCUGCCACAGAUCUAGCCCUCAGCAGACUAUGAACCUCCCAGUUCAUCCACAGCUUUUGAUUUGGGAAUGUGCAGUAUGUUGUUAUAGACACACACUGAUCCACAAACGUUUUAACGAAGUCAGUGACCUUCAGACUCAAAGAAUCCUUGAAUAUAGUCCAGUCCACUGAAUGAAAGCAGAAAUUAUUACAAACAAUGGAGCAAACAUGAAUGUGUUUUUGAAAAUUUAUAAGAGAUUCUUUGAGAGAUAAUGUGAUGGGACUCAGAUAAAGGCCAAAGAGGAGUAUAACAUGGGCCAAAGUGAAGGAACCAUAAUUUAACAGAUUACUUUGGAAAUGGCAAGGAGAAAAGAUUCUGCAGCAUCUGUGACAGGCUUGGUUUGAUUGAAGUUUCAAGUUUUGAUAUCAAUAUUUAUUUUAAACUUUAAAUUACCAUUCUCACUAGGAAAAAGAAUAACGCACAAAAACAUUCCAGGUUUUACAGUUGGCAAUUUCUGCCAAGCCAUGCAAUCAGGAUGGUUUGGUAGAAUAGCAGUUAGUGCAAUACUUUACAGCAUGAGCUGUAAACUCUGGGUUCCAUUUUCACUGCUGUCUUUAAGAAGUUAGUAAGUUCUCCCCAUGACAGUGCGGAUUUCCUCUGGGUUCCUCCAUCAUUCCAAAGGUGGUGUACAGAUACGGUUGGUGAGUUACAGGGACUGGAAGCAUGGUGACAUUUGUGGGCUGCCUAACACAAUCCUUGCUGAUUUGCUGUGACAGAUAAAGCUAAUCUUCCUUCACUAGAAGCACGACCUGGGAUUUUAGAAAGCGUCAGUGAAGAAAGUCUAUUCUGAAUAUUGAAGAAAAAAUGUUACAUAACUUUGGGCCUUAAUUUUCUUUUUUCAUAUUAGAUUUCCCCACCAUAUCCUGAUUUUAUAACACCACUUCAUCUUGAAAAUUAAGAUACGCAGCACCAGUAACUGAAAGCAUUGCACUAUCAUAUUAGGAUUGCAUUCUUCUGUCCUCUAACUUCUCUCUUGCCUUUGUCAAGUCCAGCAAUAUGGAAGUCAUUUUGCUGCCCUGCAAUAUUGCUUAAAGAGACAGAUCCUGGAUGCCUUUUUUGAAAUGAAGGGUUAAUGCCACCUUUUAUUUCUAGUAGCUUUGUAGUGAAAGUUGGGUCUACUUCCAAAGAUAUAUCGGACUUAAUAGUUCCCAGAAAGAGCAGCAUUUGAAUUUGACCACAAUGUUAUGAACACAAGCAACCAUGACCUAUUUUAAAAGAAGCAAUCACUCGGGCAGUUAUGCUUCAUGCAUGAUUAUUGUAGGGGAAUAAUAAACCUUUCAGAUGCUUUUCCAGCAUGUCUAAUUGAAUUACAGAAUUAACUGUAACUAUACAACAAGAUGCUGAAGCAUUUUCACUUUUUAUUUUCAAUUUUUG